GAGAGAGAGCGAGAGAGAGAGAGACGGAGAGAGUGGGGCAUCUCGGCGAGAGGUGCACGUAAUAAUUGUAAUAAUCAACAUUCCACGCAAUGCGGAGAUUAAUUUGUCGCGAUAAAAGGGAUUUUUUUCUCGUCGUUCCUCGUGUGUCGCGUCGAGGUCUCGGAAGAUCGCUGGAUUUGUGGAAGUUAAAAUUCUGCUGACCGAAUAACGAAACCAGCAACACCUUUCGCUCGCGAGCAAUCAUGGCUGCCUAGCACAGGGCGCGUAUCGAACCGAUUUUAUUAAAUGUCCGUGCUGCGAGAAGUUAAAAUUAAAUUUCGAGAGGAGAAUAAUUAUAAAUUAUCCCCCUCGCUCGAGCUGUCAUUUUUUUUUUUUUUGACAGCUCGCGGGAACCGUCCACGCGAAUUCGAUCCAUAUCUGUCGCAUGUACAUGCAAUUUAUUGUAAUCUUGUCACUCUCUCGCAUCUUUUUUCCAGGCCUACAAAUUAUCUGGAGGAUCUGGUGUUGAGGAAUGUAGACGACGAAAGCACGGAUCAAAAUAAUAAUAUAACCAUGACGAGUGAGGAUCUGUUACAGCCUGGCCAUGUGGUCAAGGAACGGUGGAAAGUUGUGAGGAAAAUAGGUGGCGGCGGAUUUGGCGAAAUUUACGAAGGUCUCGAUUUAAUGACCAAGGAACAAGUCGCACUUAAAGUUGAAUCUGCUAGACAGCCUAAGCAAGUCUUAAAGAUGGAGGUGGCUGUACUAAAAAAAUUACAGGGUAAAGAUCACGUGUGUCGUUUUAUUGGCUGUGGACGUAAUGAUCGAUUUAAUUACGUUGUGAUGCAAUUACAAGGAAAGAAUUUAGCGGAAUUGCGCAGGGCGCAACCGAGAGGUGCUUUUUCACUCUCCACUACGUUACGUCUUGGUCUUCAAAUUUUGAAAGCUAUAGAAAGCAUUCAUCAAGUGGGAUUCCUGCAUAGAGAUAUUAAACCUUCUAAUUUUUCAAUCGGCCGACACCCUUAUAACUCCAGGCUGGUGUAUAUGUUAGAUUUUGGUCUAGCCCGACAAUUUACAACUGGCACAGGAGAAGUGCGACCGCCUCGUGCCGCUGCAGGAUUUAGAGGAACCGUCCGAUAUGCGUCAGUAAAUGCACAUAAAAAUAAAGAGAUGGGUCGACACGAUGAUCUGUGGUCGUUAUUUUAUAUGCUAGUCGAAUUUGUUAAUGGUCAAUUGCCAUGGCGGAAAAUAAAAGAUAAAGAGCAAGUGGGUCUCAUGAAAGAAAAGUACGAUCAUCGAUUGCUUCUGAAACACCUCCCAUCUGAUCUACGAGUUUUUUUAGAGCAUAUUCAGAAUUUAGAGUAUGCGGAUAAACCAGAUUAUGGAAUGUUAGCUGGUCUGUUUGAACGAUGUAUGAAGCGUAGAGGUGUAAAGUCAAAUGAUCCUUAUGAUUGGGAAAGGCCAUUAAUAGCUAAUGAAGGUUUAUCAACUACUAGAUCAUUACCUACAGUAACUGUACCACCUGCACUUACUACAGCUACUACUAUCAAUCAACCUCCACUUACGAAUGUGGACACAAACAAUCAAGAGAACGUGGAGCCAGAUAACAGGAAGGAGUUGGAUGCACAAUUGGAUUACGAAAGCAUAUAUAGAAGAAAUAGGCAACGGGGGAUAGAAGGUUCUCCAGUGCCAUUUGCAGCAGCAAUUAGCAAUCAUGGUAGGGACAAAAAUUGUAAUGCUACGAUCCCAACGACGGAUAACACGCAUCAACAAGUCGCACAGCAGACUAUGCCACCUCUACCAACUCAAGGAUCUCCCAAAAAACGACGCGCCGUAUCGAUGGCAGUAGAAUCUCAAAUUCCCGCACCAAUAGAAAAACAGGUGGACAACGAGGGAGACGCAUUGAUGGCUUCCGCACGUUCCGCAUCCGACGUUCCGCGACUUAAAACUGUAACGAACGCAACAGCCCCGCUUAGGAAAUCAGCAAGCGGUGCUACAUUGCCUGCCACGCUUGCGCGUUUGCGUAUAGCUACUCCUGAAGGAGGUGCAUCCGGUGAAUUACCUAGUCCUCGCAUACAAACGGAAGUCGACGCUUCCUAUUGUUCUUACGAUGUAACUAAUACUAAAUACGUUGGAAAUCAAAGUCCGGUAACCGAACAAAGGGAACCUCUCAGAAGAGAACCCAGAAGAAAAGCGGAGAACCGGCAACAAAUGAGAGCCGGACGUUCGGGAUAUCUCGUACGAGAUUGCUCUAUCACGCAAUUUGCACAAAUCGACGACGACAACGUGUCCGCCUUGCAGCAGGUGACUAAAGGCGGCGGGGGGUUGACCUUGGCUUCGCAAUGGAAAUCGCAAUUUGACGAUUCCGAGGAGACGGAUAACGAAUGGAAGGGAGAAAAUUUACAGAGCCCCGAACACAAAGGAACAAACGCCCCGUCCAUAGCGCCGCAGUCCACAGAUAUCGUCGAAAGUAUACAGCAAUCAGAUGCAAAACCUGCCGCGGCUCAAUCGAACGCAUCGAACGUGUGCCAGCAAUCCUUGAUUCCCACUGCGUUGUCCAAAAUAAGCGAGGAUUCUCCGAAGCCAGCGGCGCCGCACAGAUGCUUAAACAUCGCGGGGAUCGAAAAGUAUCCGGAACUCCAAGGGGCGCUUCCGCGAGCUUGGAGCGUUCCAGCUUUAGCACCCCAUGUUCGAGCUCAUCUCGAAGCUCCACUGGUUCAACAAGCAGCAUUUGACGAUUUGCUAUAUGAAGUUGAUGUUAUGAGGAAUAUUGCCACUCGAUAUGACGAGCCGAGACAGACCGCACCAGUCAGAAGAACUAGUCUACCAGCAGUAGCCUUCUCUCUUUUCGACGCAACGUUCAACGCUCAGAAAGGGGAAGAAGAGGAAGAAGCAGUGGCGGGAAGAUUAGAAAUCAGGGUGGUGGAUGCUACUGGUGGUGCCACAAUUGUGCAAACCAGUGCCGACAGGGAACCAUUACAAAAAAAAUUGGCGAACGGUAUGGCAGGUAGUCCGGCCAGUCCCAAUCCGGGACCGGAAGAACCAUCGAUAUAUUACGACGCUACCGAGAAUCGACCGACUGCAAACGCGAGUUUGCAAAAGGAAGCGACUAGCGUCACUACUGCCUCGACCACUGUACAAAAUGCAGUACCGCUUCGUGAUAAUAAGGACAAUAAGGAGAAGGAAACACCUAAUAGAACGUAUAUCGCUCACAGUAAAAUACCGAUUCCCGUUAAGAGUCCAAGAUGCUCGUUGUCCGAGUCGACGCCCGAAACUAAUACCCUGAAUACCAAGGGAACUGGAAGUGACGUAGAUAAACUACCGGUGCCUAUGACCGCAACUAAGGAAAAAGAAAAUACCAGCUCUGCCGAAGAUGAAAAUUUAACCGGAUGCACGCCCGCUCUGCGCCGCCGAAGGCAGAAUGAAAAGUACGUGACAGACGCUAGUCAGCUGAAUCUCCAGUUCCAAAGACCGCAACAUAGAACUAGACCGCAAUCCGAGAUAUUGCCGAGACUAUCUCCCAGGGGAGUGCCGUCGCACCUUCUGCGGGAGCCGAACAAAAAGUCCGAGGAGAGCAGCGAGAGUGAUUCUAACAGUAGCGGACCGCCGAAGUCCGCUCGUCAGCCACCACCCCCGCCUACAUCAUUGCCACCUCAUAUAGCAGAAAAUAAUGCUAGAUGCCGUCGUUAUUGGCCCAUACCAGAUCCAACGGUUACUAGCAGAGAAUCGUGAGAUUUGGUAUUCAAAAUGACGAAUAGUCUCACUUUGUGUUAGGAUUGAGAAGGUUUUACUGCUCAACCAACUAAGAAUGUGAUACUCACUUGAGGCAACGGAAAUACGCAAUCUUUCUCUGAUUCAUGUCAUUGGGUACAUAUACAAAUUUUUGCGAAAGUGCAUAUCUGUAUAUCUACAAAGAUAGAGAACAUAUUGAUAGUUAUUCAUUUAGUAUGUGAAAAUGUAACUGUCUGUGAAUGCAUAUUAAUUAAUAAUGCUGCUUUAAUUAACUACUGAAGUUCUUGAGCGAAUUUUUCAAAUAAAUCAAUUAUAUAUAUAUAUAUAUAUA